UCUCAGUCAAGCUGAGGUGAAAGCGAGACCAAGGUCUUGCUCUGCUGUUGGUACUUAUGAGAUCCAGUCCUGGCACGAUGGAGAGGAUAUUCAUGUGUUUGAUGGUCAUCUUCUUGGGGACAUUGGCCCAUAAAUCAAAUUCCCAAGGCCAAGAUCGCCUCCUGAUUAGAAUGCGUCAGCUUAUAGAUAUCGUUGAUCAGCUGAUAAAUUACGUGAAUGAUUUGGACCCUGAAUUGCUGCCAGCUCCAGAAGAUGCAAAGAGACACUGUGAGUGGUCAGCUUUUUCAUGUUUUCAGAAGGCCCCAUUAAAGCCAGCAAAUACAGGAGACAAUGAAAAGACAAUCAAGUUAUUAACUAAACAGCUGAAGAGAAAACUACCUUCCACAAAAGCAAAGAGAAGACAGAAUCACAUACUAACAUGCCCUUCCUGUGAUUCUUAUGAGAAAAAACCACCCAAAGAAUUCCUAGAAAGACUAAAAUCACUUCUCCAAAAGAUGAUUCAUCAACAUCUAUCCUAGAACACAUGGGACAUGAAGAGUCCUGAGGACCUCACUUGAAGCUGGACACUAUAGCACAUACUCUAAUAUAGCAGUGAAACUCACUUCCUGGUAUACCAAGUGGAGGA